UGAAAAACAAAAUCAAGUACAGAGCAAGUGCCUGUAUUAAAAUACAAAAGACAAUUCGUAUGUGGCUAUGCAAGAGAAAGCAUCAACCACGCAUAGAUGGUUUAAUAAAGCUUCGCACACUGAAACAGCGGCUAUAUAAAUUCAAUGAAGUAGUAACUGCUCUCAAAGAGGGGAAGGCAGAAAUGAGCAAGCAGGUCAAGGACCUUGAGAUGUCCAUUGAUGCUCUGAUGGCCAAGAUCAAGGCCACUGUUAUGCCUAGACAACAGAUUCAGAAGGAAUAUGACGCCCUAGUUAAAAGCUCUGAGAAACUCUUGAGUGCCCUUCAGAAAAAGAAGCAGCAAGAGGAGGAAGCCGAAAGAUUGAGGAAGAUCCAGGAAGAAAUGGAGAAAGAAAGGAAAAGGCGUGAAGAAGAGGAGCAGCAUCGGAAGAAGGAAGAGGAAGAAAGGCGACUGAAAUAUGAGAUGGAAGCAAAGAGAAAACUGGAAGAAGAAGAAAGGAAAAAGAGAGAUAACGAAGAAAGAAGAAUUCAGGUUGAAGUUGAGGCUCAGCUGGCCAGAGAACGUGAAGAAGCAAGUCAGCAGCAAGCCAUUUUCGAACAGGAGCGCAGAGAUCACGAGCUGGCUUUGCGAAUUGCCCGAAGUGAAUCUGAGCUCAUCAACGAUGAGGCUCAGGUGGACCCAAGUUUGCGCAGAUUCAAUGAAGCAAGGUGUAAAAUGACAGCGGAACAAGUGGCCAAAGAAAUGUCAGAAUACUUAUCUAGGGGACCUACAGUUCAAGCUACCAAAGCUGCAGCUGGCAUUAAAAAGCAUGACCUUAGCAAGUGGAAGUAUGCAGACUUACGAGAUACAAUCAAUACCUCUUGUGAUAUUGAAUUGCUGGCAGCUUGCAGAGAAGAGUUUCAUAGGCGGCUUAAGGUUUAUCAUGCUUGGAAGGCCAAGAACAAGAAACGCAAUACUGAAAUGGAACAGCGGGCUCCCAAAUCAGUCACUGAUUAUGAUUUUGCACCAUUUUUGAACAACUCAA